GGGGAGGAGGCGGGCGCGGGGGUCGGCGUCAGAGUCGGGGGUUCGGUCUGCGGGGCCAUCGAGUGCUGGACCGGCGGCGGUCCCGUGCGACCCGGCCUGCGCGCGCCAGCUGCUCUGGGUUCCUCGGGCCGAGGCCCCGGCGGCUGCGGCAGACUGGUGGGGUGGGCAGGAGGAGGUUCGGAGGGCGCGGGCGCCCUGUGCGCGGAGCGGGCGUGAGGCAGCCGGGCUCCGGGACGCCAUGUCCAUGGAGGACCCCUUCUUUGUGGUGAAAGGAGAGGUACAGAAAGCAGUCAACACCGCCCAGGGAUUAUUUCAGAGAUGGACAGAGCUCCUCCAGGACCCCUCUACGGCAACAAGGGAGGAAAUCGACUGGACCACCAAUGAGCUGAGGAACAACCUCCGGAGCAUAGAGUGGGAUCUCGAGGACCUUGACGAGACCAUCAGCAUAGUUGAAGCAAAUCCUAGAAAAUUCAACCUCGAUGCAACUGAAUUGAGUAUAAGAAAAACCUUCAUCACAAGUACUCGGCAAGUUGUCAGGGACAUGAAGGAUCAGAUGUCGGCUUCAUCUGUGCAGGCAUUAGCGGAACGAAAAAAUAGACAGGCACUCCUUGGGGACAGUGGUGGCCAGAACUGGAGCACGGGAACGACAGACAAAUACGGGCGCCUCGACCGCGAGCUCCAGUUAGCCAACUCCCAUUUCAUCGAGGAGCAGCAGGCACAGCAACAGUUGAUCGUGGAACAGCAGGAUGAGCAGUUGGAGCUGGUCUCUGGCAGCAUCGGGGUGCUGAAGAACAUGUCCCAGCGCAUUGGAGGGGAGCUGGAGGAGCAGGCCGUUAUGCUGGAUGACUUUUCUCAUGAGUUGGAGAGCACUCAGUCUCGGCUGGACAAUGUGAUGAAGAAACUUGCAAAAGUAUCUCACAUGACCAGUGAUCGGCGCCAGUGGUGUGCCAUUGCCGUCCUCUUCGUGGUCCUGCUGGUCGUGCUGGUCUUCUUUUUAGUGCUGUGACGGAAGCCCUGCGCGGCUCCUGCGGCUCCUGCGCACGGACCCCAGGGGAGGCGGGCAGCAGCGCCCCGCGUUGCCGUCUCCUCACACUCCUGUCUGGAAAACACAGCCUGCACUGACCUCCCUCCUCGCGACCCUGCCGUGGAGACAGCGGCGCUGCCCCGGCGCUGGCAGGGCACUGGGAAGAGGAGGCAGACGACUGUGCGCGCCUGGCACCGCCUGUCCUGAGGACGGCUCGCCGCUGCUUUGCCUCCGGGGCCCGGGCCCCCAGGACAGCCUCUGAGGAAUCCAGGAAAGUUCGCGACUCAACUAGUGCUUGCUGUUGCUCAUUCCAUCCAUCUCUGACCACUCCUUCCCCCGCCCAGACAGCACACCUGUGCCCUCCGGGACCGCGCUGGCCGCACCGGCUCCUGGGCGGGUCUCCUCUCCCGUGGCGGCAGCGGCCCCGCGGCCCGUGACCCCCCCCCCCCCCAGAGCUGGUUGCUAUUGGGGACAGAAGGCCCAGAAGCAGUUUGUGACAGAAAACGCAGUGGUCCAUUUUUCAGGGAUAAGUGCUGGGAUAAAAUUGCUUUUCCAGGCUCAUUAUUCUGUGGUAGAAACAACUAAUGGAAAAUAAUGGAAAGAAAGCACAAGGCUUUGGGGGUGCCGACAGCUGGUGGCCUGAACCAAAGGGAGGAGGGGGCAGCGGGACCCAGGGUUUGCACAGCUGAGGGGAGGGUGGACGAGGUUACUGGAGGCCAGAGCCUUGCCAGAUUCGUGUCACUACCCUGGGGCUGCUUGUGUUUCUAGGAUGCCCCUUACCUGUACGGCUGCUGCACAGCUCAGCCGCUCACUUGGAUGGUCUGGACCCAGGGCCGGUCUGGCGGCCGGUCAGGUCAUUGCUGUGGCACUCUGCGUGGGGGGGGAGGGGCGGUUAGUACACUGGCAGGUACAGCGACACUCACUCAGAAACCGUAAUGACCAAAAAGGCUAGUUCUGGACCAGAUUUCUCUUGACCUGGGAGGAAUGGCAAGAAUGGCUGUAGGUGAACUUGGGUGGGGUUUUUUCCCCCCGAGAUGACAACUCAGUUUUUUUUAUUACCCAUUCAAAUAACUGAGCCAAUUCAAAUUUGAAGAACGGAUGCUUUAAUUGAGUUUUAGUAGCUGAAACUGCUGAGAUGCUAAACUUCAAGCUUCCGAUGACUUCUUAAACGCCUCCAGCGUCCUGGCGUCUGUAGGAUAUUUUUAUCACCUCCCCGAUGCCGUCACCGGUGUAGAGCGCCAGCCGACCCGGAGCCCGGCGGCAGAGGCCACGCUCUCCCCACCACCUUCUGCACUUGGAAAGCACGGCAAUGUCUGGAUAGAGCUCUAGCUUUGACUUCCUGUUUCCUCAUUUUAUUGGGGCCCAUUCCUUGGCACACUUUUUUUUUUUUUUCCUUUUUCCCUUUUUUCAUGUUUUGUCUAUAUUUCUUGGGGGUAUUUUUGCUUAUUUGCUUUGGGCUUUUCCCGCCCUUUUUUGUGAUUUGCAAUGAUGUACUUGCCCAGCUGACUUAUGAAUUGCACUUUUUAAUAAAUAUUUGUAACAGUUUUUUAAAGAAGGGUAUUUUCUCAUGGUUAGGAUCACGGUAGGUAAGGAAAUCUGCCUCUUGCUGAAAGCUAAAAGCAGAUUUUUAAAACCAAAAGGGUGGCUGACAUCCACGUUUACACUCUAUUUGAUAUAUAAAUAAGUUAUUUUUUUCAAAUUAGCAAAAAAAAACCCAAGAUUACUACAAAGGGCUUCAGACAUAGGCUACUAGAUUAUUUGUUUUACAAGUUUUGAGACUCAUUCAAAUAGUUUUCUCUAAACUUAGAACAGGGAUGGUCCUUAGAUUUGCAUUAAAAUGAACAGGUCUUUGUCCACCGUACAUGGGGACCUUGUCUCAGUACUGUAAUCCACACUCCGCGCUACAAGAGGCGGCUGGCAGCCUAAUGACCUGUAUGAUCAUGCCAUCCAAAAGCCGUGCUCUUCUCCUGCUAUUACCAGGUUUACUGUGCCCCGCACCACUGUCGCGGGUGUCCUUGGGGCCUGUCGGGAGCGUGCCUGGUCAUUAAUGGGUAAGAUGCUUCCUGAGGUCGGCGGGUCAAGUGUUGUGACCCGGGUAAUUACUAAAUGUCCGGAGAGAUUUGGAAUUGGCGCGAGGACCUCACCUAAUUUCACAUGUUUGCUAAGCAGUGGCUAUUGUAGACCAGACUCCCGCUGAAGCUGGCCAGGGAGUUCCUUAGGAGGAGAAGGUUUACUUCAAGAUGCGAGCAGUGCCUGCGUUCCCCCGCGGGCGCCCCGUCUCUGGCCUCGCAGGAACCGCUCUUGGACGGGCAGCCCCUUACCGUGAUCGUCCACGUUGGCUCUGCUCCCAACAGAGCUUCCGGCCCCGCCAGCGUGAUCCAGGGUCUGACCCUGUUGUGCCCGAACUGGGCAUCGCUGCAGACGUCUCCGCUCAGAAUGCAAACGGGGCAGCCCGAGGGAACAAGCCAGGGGCUUAGGUUGAUUUUUGAGAACAAUGUUUCUUCAUCAGCGAUCCUCACACUGCCGGGCUUUGGGGGGGGGGGGGCACCUGCGUGGUCCCCGUGCCUGUAAAACGGGGAGAGAAGUAGACCCCGGUGACCCUCUGCCCUGCUCAGAGGCACAUGCUGUAGCGUGCGGGCUUCUCCCCACAGCCUCGGCGCCCCGACACAUGUCAUUUCUAAGGAACUGGCGGGAUGUGAUGGAUACAAGAGAGCUCGGCUUACAUUUAUCGGUUUAUUGGAAGAAGGUUUUUCUAAUCAGCUGAUUUGGGGGGACAGGUGGGGGGAAUGAAGCAUCGAGAGAGUUUGCCAGAGUGGGGAUCCAGCUGGAAAACCAAAAUACCUUUCGUUUUCAGUCCCGAGUUUCCAUCUCGCCUUUGUGCGGACCACGCGCCCCGGCGCUGGGUGGUGCCCGCUGCGGGGGGCCGCUGGGAGUCGCAGCCGCGUGUGCCGCACGAGGAUCCUCACGCCAGAGCCCAAGGGAGGAAACUUGGGAGCUUGCCCAUUAUCCUCCGCUUCUAGCCAGAGUUAAACAGACUGAUGGGUCUGGUAGCCAACCGCUUGGCAACUCCCACUCCUUCUCACCUCGUGAGAUUCGGGGCUGUGAAGAGAAAUCUAGUCUGACUGCAACAGAAAUCUGUCUCUGCGAAGUGUGGUACCUUCUGUAAGCGACGGUGGCAGAGCCAAGAUCUUUCUCUUGAUAAUUUCCCUGGCUAUAAAGUGAGACCGUUACCUUUCUAGAGAAUUCAUCGCGUUUGAGGAUCUGCGACCGGCGUGACACGCGGGAGCGGCUCUGAGGCGCGGCGGGCUCCGGCGCGCGGCUUCUCCUCGGGUCGCGGGAUGAACUCGGAAGCGGAACUGCCGCUGGCCGGCCCGAGGGCGGAAGUUGGAAGCCACGGAGUGCGCGACCCGCCCCUUUGUCUUCCUCUCGCGGGCAUUUCUUUCCCUCCCAGGUUUUUUUCUUUUUUAAGAAUAACGUUUGUGAAAAGCAUGUUUUUUCACCAAGAGCAGAGAGAGGUGAAACCAGAGGGCUCGCAGACCUCCAGCCCCUCCGACACGCCGCGCUGUCGCCGACCAGUCCGGGCGGGAAGACGGCGCCCCCGUGAGCGGCCCGGCGGGGGCACAGCCACGGGCUUCUCCCAGGGCCUCUGCUUCUGAGCGGGGACAGCUGCGUCACCAGGCGAGCCUGUCCUGCUGUCCUUACCGCCCCCCUCCACCCCGCCUUCACAGACAUGCUUACGCUUCAAGGGAGAAGGUCUUACUCUUGCAAGGCCCACAGCAGUCCGCUGUAGGGGAGCGUGGACACCGGCCUCGCCGAGGUCCCUCGCUGUGACACUCUGAAGCUGCCGUCAGGUGUCAGGUCCAGAAAAUCAAGAGAAUUCUGCGUAGAACAGCCGUUCAGACAGACUGGGAGAGCCGUGCAAUGAACCUCCGAGGCUCCUGCUCUUAAGGCUCAGGGCCGGGUCCCUCACGGCAGGGCUGAACCCCGGGCUGGCUGGCUUCUGGGGUCAGCGUCCCCGACGGCGCCAUUGGAAGGGCUCAGACCACUCAGCUCAGCCGUCUUGUUUUAGGCCGAGCCUAGCACGGCUCCCCACACAGACACGGAGAUCGUUUGUUGCACUGCGUUCUGGACUUGGACCCCAGGGAGCUCGUGCACAGCUUGGGACAAGUGACCUCGGUGACAUAACAAGGUAGGCCGGUAGUGACCUGUCGUGCGCAUCCCUCACCCCAACCAUCUGAUGUUUUUUGCUUUUGGAUAAACACUGAAGCUUUGAAAGCCCCGGCGGGGCCUGGGCCGUGUUGCUGCCCUCUAGCUGUAGGCGGGAGUUCGUUAUGUUCUGGUCUCUUUGCCCAUACAGGUGUGUGGCAAGGCGGAAAGAAAGAAGAACUUGGUUUCCCUGCGACAUAAGCUAAUGUGUUGGUGCUGUUUUCCUUCCCAUGUGACCUUUGUCCAGAAAUGCCCUUCCCCAAGGCUGUGUAGAGGGGAACUCUGCUGAGACAGUGAUUGUCCCAGUCACCUGCCCGGCUGCUUGGCAUGGACCUGUGAGAAAGUGUAUUUUAUCCUUUUCUUUUCUUUUCUUUUCUUUUUAAGGUUAGGAGUUCUUGAACCCAGAAGCCACUCGAUUAUCCAGGGGGUGUUAGAAAUAAGACCCCCAGCCUCACUGUUCGCUGAGCUCUUGGACCUUGUUGUGUAGCUCGGUGUCAGCCCAACGUGCCACACAGGCCAGGCUUUCCAGGCUGAGACCACGUUAACCAUUGUUCUUUCUGCUCCGCAGAAAGUGGGUUUUAGCUGAAACCCUGCUCCAGGCUGGAAAUCGCAACCCUGUAGGUGAAGUCUGCCCUGGGAGUGGCAGACGUCCUAGUCCUCGGGAAAAGAAAGUAUCCGUGCGGGGUGAGGACAGGCCAGCCAGGUGCCUCCCAGUAGAAUAAGUUACUGGAACUUGCUUGUAAGCUUGAUGUGCUUCCGUCCUAGGUUGACCCAGGCUGGGAGAACGCCCGGGUGAGGGUGGCCUGGAAACCAGGAAAGGGCCAAAGACAGCAAGCUGUAAAUGAUUGUGGAUUCGUUUUUUUUUUAAGUGGAAAAAUACGCUUUCACUAGCUCAUAUGCAAUCAGAAAUUAGUGUAAUGAAAAAAUGAAAUGUGUAAUACCUGGCAGUACUCAGCCAGAUUAAACCAUGGAAUCUUCUUUUGAAAGAUAAAUAACCUACAGUGUUUCAUUUUUAAAUAACUAGAAGGUACAAACUAAAGAAGUGAGAUCAAAGAUUAGAAUUGCAGAUGCCCAGGUGACUUCCAGGUGGUGCCCCCCAUUCCCCUGCUAGUCCCCAUGAGAAGAGCCCGGUGGUCCUGGUGCCAGUCAACACUCCUCACCACAGGUAGAUGCGUCUUGCUUUUUCUACAGGCCGGGUCUCUAAGUGCGGUGUGGGACCAGCCUCAGCAGCCAUCGCCCAGGAGCUUGGUAGAAAUGCAGGUUCUUAGGCACCCUCCCUGGCCCUGCUGUAUCACAGGCUCUGGGGCGUUCACAAGCCCUCCAAGGGGGUUCUGACGCCCCGUCUAGUUUCAGAAUCACUGCUACUGCGUCGUGGAAUUUAGGCUACAGUAAACCAUCCCUGCAUAAUAAAACCUCUUCUGCAGCUUUGUGUGUAAUUCUGACAUUAAACAAACUGAUGACACUACACACUUGAAAACUUUUUAAAAAUACUGUGUAAGAAAAAUCUCAACUAGCCGUCUUUCAAAGUGGUAUUUUUACACCCUGGAGUCUAUCAGUAAUGUUUCUUACUUCUGCUCUUGAAAUCAUGUUAAAGCUGUACAAAGAAUACUACUGUUCAGUAUUAAAAGAGAAAUGGAAAGACCAUGA